AUGCAUCUAAAAACAUCAACGAUAAUAUCAGGUUACUAUAACGAAAGACCAAAAAGAUUAUUAGUAAAUUCUACAAACCCUAAAAGUCUUACUCGUCUAACUACACCAUUUAUGAAAACAACAAUUAUCCCCGGUAAGACGAUCGUCAAUAGCUUCACAAUAGCCAUAUUUAUACCAUUCUUUGGUCCACUCCCUUUCACGUUAGAAAGAAGCUACGCCAUGUUAUUGUUAGGAUUAAAAAAGGCAAACGAGAUACUAAAACCUCACGCAUUGGAUUGGAUUAUAAUGGACACCGGAAGCGAUGAUUUAGGUGAGACUAUGUACGAAAAAUGUACCGAAGAGUUCACUGCAUUUCAAGCCUCAAAGGUUUACUACACUUAUAACGUUACAGCCUUUUUAGGGCCUGUUUGUUAUAGCGAAUUUUAUGCUAUAGCCUUUUUAGCUUCUCGUUGGAGAAUACCUUUGAUAACUCCCUUUGGUCCAAAUUUUAAUAAUCCAGACGUGUGGCCCACAACUAUGAGAACUGGUGUUAGCGUUCUGGGCAUUGUGUCAGUAUACAUAGCUGUUCUUAAUUAUUUUAAUUGGACCGAUUAUUUUAUGAUAUAUGAUCUUGCCGAAUAUCCCUUAUUCCCAAAUUUUGGGGAACAAAUAAUCAUGUUUGGCACUAAGAAACCAGUGGCCUAUAUUACUUUAAAUUCAAAUAGUAUGAAUCCAAAUUAUUUGGUACAGUUAAUAGCAGGAAGCAUGCUUUCAAGAGUUUUUUUCCUCGAGUCUAUGUUUACCAGUAAAAGAGAUUUAUUAUUAAAUGCGUAUGAUAUGGGAUUAUUAGAAGAAGGUGAAUAUGUAUUCUUAACUACUGAACUUUGGAAAUGUAAAUGUUUUGGGGGAUCAUUUUUUGAUUUAGAACAUGACCCAAGAAUAGAAGAUCUGAAAAAGGCAUAUGAAUCUGUGUUAUUGAUAACGUUCAAAAGAUCAGAAACUUCAGAAAUCUUCCAUAAAAAAGUCAAAAAUUUAACCGCUAAGUUGCAUGAUUUUAAUUAUUAUUUUGGGAAUGAAGAUAUAAGUCCUAUGAUUCAAGGCUUUUAUAAUGGUUUGGUUGUAUAUGCAACAACUGUAAAACAGCAAUUGAUAGAAAAAGGAGAUACACAUGAUGGUCGCAUAAUGGCAGCAAAAAUGAGUGAUCGAUCAAUUAAAACGGAGAGUGGAGAAUUCGUUAUUAAUCGCAUAGGAGAUCAAAAUUUUGAUUAUAUUAUAUGGGAUUUUGACGCUAUAAUCCAAAAUUGGAGACCAAUCCUGACGUACAAUGAAAAAGAUGGUAUAAAAUUUAUUAAUGGAAGCUUUAAAGUGCAUUGGCCGCAUAGAGUAGAUGUUCCCUUAAAUCAACCUAUUUGUGGAUUUAGAGGAGACGAUCCAAAAUGCAUACCUAAAGACACAUUCCCAUUAUUGGGAAUUCUAGCCAUUGUUUUAAGUUUCAUAGUCGUAUGUGUCUUCACGAUGGCAAUAUUUUUCUACAGCAAAAUGAAAUACGAAGCGGAAUUAGCUGACAGAUGGUGGGAGGCGCAAUUAGACGACAUUAAAGUUUAUGAAGGAAGUAUAAGUAGAACUUCUCUAAAUAAUAUUUCUAAAACAAAUAUAGCAACGAAUCAAGAACCAAACUUAAUAACACUAGAAAAGUACAACAUAUUACACGGAGAAUUUCGGGUAAGAGAUAUACAACAUAUUAAUCUAUGUCGUUUUGUAUCGAUUUCAUUCAACCCACCACAAAUAUUUUUAUUGAUCGAGUAUUGUUCAAAGGGGACUCUGCAAGAAAUCCUGAAGAACAAAUCGUUGAAAAUGGACAUAGUUAUGAAAGAAUGCUUAAUCAGAGAUAUAGCGAUGGGUAUGAGUUUUCUGCAUUCAACUCCGAUUAAAUAUCAUGGUAACUUAAGAUCUUCGGAAUGUUAUAUUGAUUCAAGGUUUUCAUUAAAAAUUUCGGGAUUUGGAUUAAAUUGCAUUCGCACUAACGAGACUGAGGAUGAAACGCAAAGCUUUGACUACUAUAAACGAAGAUUGUAUAUAGCUCCUGAAUUGCUGAGGAUCUCUCUGAAGCCAACCGGUACUCAAAAAGGAGACGUGUAUAGUUUCGCAAUAAUACUGCAAGAGAUUUUAUUAAGAACCAAUCCAUACAACAUUCCCAACGAAACAAAAAUUAGGACAAGUUGGGUGAUUCACCCUAAAAUAAUAAUUGAUAAAAUAAAAGGCGCAACACGCGAUAACCCCUUUCGGCCUUCGCUCGAGAAACAAGUUGACGUUCCUAGCGAUUUAAUUGAGUUGGUUGUUGCCUGCUGGGCCGAAAAGCCUAGUGAUAGGCCUAAUUUUCAACAAAUUAAGAGCAUUCUUAAAAAAAUGAAUAAUAUUUUUAACCUAUCCAUUGUUCACAUAGGGGAAGGAUCAACCCAUAUACCCUCUAUAUACGCCCCUGAUGGUCCAGUAGCUGCUGGUGUUAUAGGACAUAAAAUGCCUAGGUAUUGUUUGUUCGGAGAUACCGUAAAUACUUCAUCAAGGAUGGAAUCUAACGGAGAAGUUCUCAAAAUUCACGUCAGCCCGUACACAAAAACCUUAUUAGAAAAAUUUGGAAAUUUUGAAUUACAAAGUAGAGGUGAAAUAAAAAUCAAAGGAAAGGGAUUAAUGCGCACUUAUUGGUUAUUGGGCGAAAAAGACAGCGAAGGAAAUUAUAUAAAUUUUGGUCUUGAUCAUUUACAAACCAAGAAAGGCAUAGUCAAAAAUCAAUCCAAGGAGGGAAUCGAAAUAAUUAAGAUAGGACAGUCACUUUCCACUGAACGAAACAACAGGGCUUACGAGGAAGGCGUCAAACAAUUGAUAAUGACAUGUAUUCCACAAAGACGAAUAAAGUUAAUAAGGAUCGCAAAAGAAAAAUGUCAAUAUAGAUAUGAAUGA